AUGAUCUCAGUUGAAAACAACGAGGUUGUACAGCACAGUGAGUAUCUGGCCAUCAGAACCAGGCUUCCCAUCUCCUAGCAAAUAUAGAUUGAUUUUCCACGUGCUCUCGCGUUACUCCUCCUGCCAUUUCCCGGUUAUCCGUGCGUAUCUUGUCGCGGUCUCGCGUUUUCAUACAUGAUGCUUUUCCCCUUUCUUCUCAGUGACUAAACACCAGAGCACUUCACCCCUCCAAGAUCACCAACAACCCUCAGACACCUAGCAAAUCAUUAAUUCCUAAUUUUCAAAUUGAAUCCCCGCCCAAAACCACCACAACCGCAACUUCCCAAAAAGAAUGAACACAAUAGCACGCGUCAAAGCCGCAGCACGCACCUGGAGCCAACGACACACAAUCGCAAGACAACCCUCCAGCUCCGAGCCACCAGCAGAACACCGCUCCAAAAGGCGAAAGCACGAAAUCUUGCGGAAGAGUAGCGCACAGACACUCCGGCGCGGGACUGGCACAGGCGAGGAAUGGCAUGUUACGGGCAGAUACAAGAUUACCAGUCCGCUGCUGGAGAGGCUAUCAGAGGAAGACCUCUUUCUGGAUAUUUAUAGCCAUUCUCAGGAUGGGGAGGCGCAGUUGUUUGCAUACUUUGAUUUUGGGAGGAUUACUGGGGUUAUGCGGCUUGAGGGUAAGGAAAAGGACGGUAGGGGGGAUGGUGAUUGUUUAACGAAGCCACGUCUGGAACGGUCUAGGAGAGGUUAUGAGGAAGUUGAGGAUGAGAGUUCUAGCGAUGAGGAGGUGGAUGAGGAUCCGAAUCCGAUACCACGACCGCAAAGUGAUGAUGAGGAUGUGCAUGAAACUGCAUUUGCGAAAUCACGACUGCAAAUAGACGAUAUCAGACCGUCGAGGAAGAGAAACUAUGCGGAGUUUGAGGAAGAAGACUCCAGCGAAUUUGAGAAGGAGAUAAAUCGUGCCUUAAUACCCCGAUCGAAAGCCGAUGAUACGAAGUCAUCUGGGAAGACAAGCCAUGGAGAAUUGAAAGAAGGAGGCUCUAGUGAAGUAGAGGAGGAUGUAAAUGGUUUCCAUAUACCCCGUCCGGAACCAUCCAAGAAGAGAAGCCAUGUGGAAUUCGAGGAAGGAAGUUUUAAUGAAGAGAAUGAGGGCGUAGACCGUUCCACCAAACUCCUCCCGCAAAUCGACAAUACCAGACUAUCAAAGAAGAGAAGCUAUGCAGAAUUCGAAGACGAAAGUUCCAGCGAAGUCGAAGAAGAAGACAGCACCAACACCCCCGACCAAGAAACCUACUGCCACGUAUGUGCCAUGGAAAACCCCAAAGGCCCCAAGAUCUCGAAUUGCAAAGCAGCCAUCAUACCAGAGCGUUUCCGACUAGGCAAAAACAAAUGGCCCACCAGAAAUAACUCCAAAUGGACAUACCGGUGGCAAGGCGAGGACGUAGGAACAGACACCUUGCAGCCUUCUUCCGAAGACCUGCCUUUCACGGUUCGGUUUGGGAGUAAUCGAGGAUUGAAUAUUAGCGGUACUUUUGGUAGUCCUGGCGAGAACUGGGAAUGCGGGUUUGAAGGUGUGAAGAUUGAGGGAGGUCGUGAGGCUCCGUUCCCGAUUGAGGAGUCGUGGCAUACUUGCUAG